UUUUUUUGUUUAAAAUUCAAAUCGAACGGUUCUGCAAUAUCGCUGCUCUGUAAGAUUGUUUUCUUAGUAACGUUUGAUACUAAUGUUUGUGUACGAAAAAUCAACACAUUGUUUCUCAAACGCAAGAUUGAUCAACCAAUGUAUAUGCAACAAUGAAAAACGAGAUCAAACACCUAGCGCUGUUACCAUUUAUGUGAAUUGUUUGGGAUUUGUAAAUACAGUUUUCAUAACAACGUUAUAAUGCAUCGAGCUAUGCUUCUCAGCGAAUCUAUGUGAAUCCAUAUUUGUUAUUGUUGGUAUGUGUCGAUUCGCAUGGGCUUGGCAAUACAUAUAUAGAGCAAAAGUAAAGUUCGUUUUUUGGCGUGAAACGCAUACAAUACUAUUUCAGAAUACUCACACUUUUGAAUUUACUUUUAUCAACCAGCGAUGGUGUGAGUAAACUGAACAUAAAUUAAUGUUGGAAAUUGAUUACUCACAGUUGGAUUAUUAUUUUUUCACUCGUGUUGUCUUGGAAUUUAUCCGUUUGCAUUGCAGAAGUCUACAUUUUGCAUUGCGGACAGUUCUUAUGCUUAUCAACGUAAUAUUUCUUAGUCAGUUAGAUUUGAUUAGAUUAGAUUAAAAAGUUAGUUAGUAUCAAUGGUUGCCAUAUAAACUUUCAUUAUAAAUAUCGCGAUCGAAUGACACGAUUUAUUGUUCGUUAACUAUGUAACAAUAGACUGAGAGGAUAGAAGAUAUAUAUGAGAUACAGGAAUGAAGUAAAAUGUUUCGUCUGUUGCGAUGAAUUGUUCGCUGUCUGCAGAGGGGUAAACAAAGAAAAGCACAUCGACCUUUCGUUAUGGCAUGUUGGGAAACAAUGUCAUCGGUCGAAACAAACCACCAACAAGAGGUGUAACAAAUGAAGUGAAAAUGAAUUGAGGAGAUGGCUUAGGGUAAGAGUUUUAUCUUAUGAUUAUAUAUUGUACAUAAACAUAUAGUGUCGGACGAAUAGAAAUGUGUUUUACUACGAGAUAUGCGAUUUAAUUGUUAAUGGAGGGGGGAUGAUGAAAUGAUUUAUGGAGCAUAGAACCGUCCUUUUCCUGAACGUCAAGAACGCUUGUAUGUUUUAAUCGUGCAGUCGAAAUAGAUGCAAAUGAUACAUGCUACGCUAAAGCUAACAUUCCCACUAGAAUGUUAAAAUAAAUGGUGAAUUUAAUGACUAUCUAGUUAGUUCUAGAUUGACUUGAACGUUUUAUUUUUGGUUAUAUUUUAUCUUGUCCCAUAGGAAAUGGUAACUCAAAAAUUGACGCACUAUAAAGUGUACGUCACAAAAAGAAUCAAUUAGUAUCGUAUAAGAUGAAUCGAUUUGCAGAUUAAGUUUCUUUUUUUCAAUUAAAAUGCUCUUAAAAACGUGUCUUAACGCAAUUUUGUAAUGGUGCCGAGACGAAGCAUUUUUGUCUCACGUAAGCUACAGCAAUACUUGAAGCUGUGGCUAGCCAAAACAACAACAAAAAAACCUACAAGGCGUGCAGAGAAAUGCGGGUUAAUUGGGGAAGCAUGUUUUGCCUUGGGUACUGUAGACUAGAUGGUGUUGCAGCAGUAGCGGUACUUUGCUGGACAGUGUAGGUCAAGAGUACAUUUCAACGGUAGUCAUUUGUGCUUGAUUUGGACAAUGUGUUGGCUGGAAAAUAAGAAUUGGAGUACAUCUGAACAAAUGUUGAUUUACAUUGAUGUAUUGUAAAUACGUAUUAUUCGUAUUCGUGUUCGUAAUUAAACGUACAUCCAUUAUAUGUAAUCGUGAGCAACUCAUAUUAUGUUCGAUUAUUGUACAGUGAUUGAUUCAAGUGAACUAGAAUACUAUAGUGGAUUCAAUAGUAGGUGAUAAUAUUUUUGAAAUAUUGAAAUGAACGAACAUUUCUAUUUGCUAUCCACCCAUUCCAUGAUCUGAACGUUAUGAAUUGCUCUUUAAUGCUUCACUCUCUGCCAUAAUGCUGGAAUGAGAGAUCGAUAAUGCUUCCGUUAAUGCGCGAGGCAAGAGAGUAUGCCGCCAUGAUCAUCAUGAGCAAGUGAGCUAACGGAAAUAUGUUUUUUUCGUGAGGUUUUCUCUCUGUGAUCGCACGCUACCGAGCGCGCAUUCCCGAGUGUGUUGCUUUCUUCAGUCACAGUUCAUUCGUCUACCGAGGCGCUUCGUAGCGGUUGGACGUCGUGGUGUCGUGCUGCUAUUCGGAUUUACUAUGUUAGACUUUAUUGUCUUAUUAACAAGUUUUACACAGUUUUGUAACCUGUUUGUAACUGUCAAACCGUUGGGAUUUUUGUGUGAUACCAAAUGUGCAUGGGGUUAUGUGUGAAGGGUUUUGUAGAGGUAGUGGUGUGUCCUAGUACCUAGUGCAGGGUUUCCAAUGAUUGAUCGAAAGUGAACGUUGUAUUAUACAAUCGUGUGAUAUUUUGAAUAAAAACGUGAAGUGAAUAAAAGUGUUACAUAAGUACGCAAUGUGAAGAAAAUGAUGAUGCAUCAAUCAUCCCGUGUUGUACAUCAAUCUACGGCACCCCUUAGAUCGAUUUCACAACAAAACGCACAUCGCCCGGGGUCGGCAGUGCCUGCGACAAAUGAGGCGUCAAAUAGUAACCCUGGGAAAGGGUCCCAGCAUUACGCUAAGUUCCGAAACAAUCGUAGCGCGAGCAGCAGCCGAGUGUUAGGUGGACACAGAAGUGAAAUCAAGAUAGAACCCAAGGUGGACUGCCGACGGAAAAUCCAACCAAGAUUACCGAACAAAGGCAGCAGCGGAGUUGAGGAUGAAUCCUUCGCUACCGCUAGGAUCCCCAAAAUGAAGCUGUUGAAAGUAAACUAUGUGAAUUUAAAGAAAGAAGAAGUCGAAAAUAAGCAAGCGUCAGAGGUGGAUACGAUCGAUCUAGCUGCACAAUCUUCGAAUCUGGAUAAUCAUGCAAUGGUUUUAAAGCAAGAUAUCGAUACAAAAAGUACAUCCUCCACAGCUAUUGUCGUGGAGUGUAAAACAAAGAGUCCUAAUAAUGGAAAGGUAGUGAAGAACAUGACAAUUGAUCAGUUGCAACCAUCCACCCCAUUGAUAAGCAAAGGUGAAAAUAAAGAUAAAAGAACGUCAAUAACCAGCAAAGACCAGGAUCAUAAUGAUGGAGAAACCGGCAAAUCUAAAUAUUUGGUGUAUAAAAAACAUAAUGGUUUUGGUACUAACUCAUCGCACACAACGGAAAGUAGUUCGGCAGGUGGUAAAUUGCAGUACAUCAACGACUCGGACAUCAAAAUCAAGGCAUUGGCGAAAAAAAAAUACGGAUUACUGUUUGAAAAUAAGAAGAAAAGCAAACUAGAAACGGUGCAAUAUUAUUUCGACAGCCGCGGCUACGAGCGGUAUGUAGACAACAAGUUAUACGGAGUGAUCAACGAGAAAAAGAACUUGGAUGCGCACACUGCGCAAUCUAGUUCUGCAGUUCUGACAAAGACUAGCGAUGUUCAACAUAAAAGACUCAGUUGGGAUGUUAGGCAGCACAACAGACCCAGUAUGAUGCGUGUGAUCAAUCAAUCGCCGGCGGCCAAAAAAUGUGCCAACGUAAUCAUGAUGAACCAUCAAAUAUUGACAAAACCACUGAGUGCAGAGGCCCCAGAGCUGCUUGAAAGUGGAGGUUUGAAGCAGGAAAACUGUCGCAUGUUCAAACUUCAGAAAAGCCAUACGAGCACAAACUUACUUACGCGCCAUAAGUCGAUGAACGAUAUCCAUCGCAUCAAUCAACUGUUCCUGGAUUGCAAGGGGGAUUCUAACCCUGCUUCAAAUAUUUCACUAUCGAAUCGUCAAAAUUGUAAUUCCACCACUAACGAAAGCUGCGAUCCUAUCCGCUCAAACAAUAUGACAGCAGACCGAGAAACUACUACAGGGCAUCGGUUUGAGAAGCAUAGGAAAUCGGAGCCGAACAAAUAUCUAGUGCAUAAACGAUUAAGUGCCAGGUAUAAAACAGAAAGUAAUUUAACAAAUACAAAUACAACAGAAGUAACGUUACCUCCCGUUUCACCGGAUAAUGGCAACUCGUAUGGUUUAUCCGGUGACGACACAAUCAGCAAGCGCAUUCGACAAAUAAUUAAAGGACAAGACCAUAUUGGCUCGACAGAGGGUGUUGAUCAACUGGCAGAGAAAAGCAUGAACGAGGCUCAGAAACAUGGAAUCGGCAAAGGGAAAAACGAGGAACAGCAACAGGUACAAGUGUGUUCCAAGAAAUUUCAACGUUUGUCAAAGUCGAAAUCCACUGAAAAGCUUAUCAUGGAUAGAAACCAGAUCGGGGAUGCAGCAGAAGGAAAGGAGAAAAACAGUAAGACAAGCAGUACUUGUGGUUACAAGAACUGUAAAUUUUCAAACUGUCCAAUGUCUUCGUCAUCUUCUUCAUCCUCAGCCUCUUCGACCUCAUCAUCUGUCUCUUGCAAGACUAGAGCUAGGAUGGAGGGCGGUAGCGAGAAGGUUCCGUCAACUGCCAUCAAUAACAGACCACCCCCACCAGAUAAAUUAGAAAUAAUUUCGAAUGGCAAACGAACUUCGGUUGUGAGUACAGAUGAUGGCGAUAUGGCGAAGGCGAGCAAGAAGGAAUCGUCCGCGUGUAUAAAGGAUCAGUUGGUAAUUAAUAACCUCCUUAACAGCAGCACGUUCAAUGAAAAAAUGAAUAAUGCUACUACCACCGAUAUAAAGCAUAUUAAUGAUGAUUCACGUGUUAUUAUUACUUCGAAGAUAAAGCAAAUAGAUUUGGAGAGCAAUAGCAUGAUCAUUGAAAAAUCCUUGGCUCAAUCUCCCCAGAACUGCCGAAUUUCAUCGUCUCGCCAUAAGUUUUGGAAUCAUCAAAAUCAGCGCAACAUUAAACUGAAAAACAAUCCGCAAACAAAGGCUUACGACGACAAGAUAGACAUUAACAACAAGAUAAAAAACGAAGAGAAUAACAGCAUCAAAAUCUUCAUCAGCAGCAGUACCGGCGCCAAUGGAAACAGUUGUAACGUUUUACUAGAACCUGUAUCGCUGAUCUCUACUACGGACGUUGGCGAUAGAUCUUCUUCCUGUUCCUACGCAUCCACCUCUUCUUGUGGCUCUACCGGGAGUGAAUCCGAUAAGGACGAUGGUUACUGCGACCAGAGUGAAUGUUCAACUAUUCCCGACAAGCAGCAACCAUCUUCGAUUGUAUCGACAAGCAGCAGUACCAUCAGUAGCAAUAGUAGCUGCAGUAACGGCAGCAGCACAGUUUGCAGCGAGUCCACACAUGUUUCAAAUGUUACCUGUGCAAACAGUUUACCGGGCGGUAACGGUUCAGCGACCACGAUUACAAACAGUGGCGGAAAUCGAUACACUUCUAAAACAAGUAUCCGUUUAGGAUGUGAUGGCUCGCUGUUCUUAAACCGGAACUAUCUCGAAGAAGUUGAGGGACCUUCAAGCCCGGUAACGAGCGAUUUGGAUGGUGAUGAUAACGAAAAUGCAUCUAGUGAUUUUCGAGAAUGUUUUAACACUGUCAAUGUUUGUUGUUGUGCCCCAAAAAAACCGCAAACAUUUGCCCACCGUUCAUCGCGUCUUGUCAGUUCGAUAGAUAUGACAAAUGCUAGCAGCACGGGAAAAUCGGCUUUAGCAUGCAACCUGUUUACAGCUUCGGCAGCAACAGACAACAAUGCUUUGCAGAGUGAUAAUGCGUUACAUAACAAGAAUGAAACCUGUGCAUGUGUCAAAAAGCACAGAAAUUCUCAAAACAAGAUUGAAAAUUAUUCAUCACGACCACGUUCGAUUGAAGGACCCCUGGACUCGGGUAUUUCGAUUAGCAGCGAUACGGCCAUAACCAGCUCGGACAGUGAUCUGAAUUCGCAAAGUCAAACGGACGCUGACGAAAGAAAGCUGAAGAGAGGACACGUGCUAGCUGAACUUUUGGAAACGGAGCGUAUAUAUGUCGCGGAAAUGGGAUCUAUUUUAAAGGGCUAUAAGGAUGAAAUGCUCUCGGAGGAAAUGAGCUCAUUGGUGCCGCCGGGUUUGCAAGGAAAGUCGGACAUACUGUUUGGCAACUUGCAUGAGCUGUACACCUUUCACAAUGACAUUUUCUUGAAGGAUUUGGAAAAUUGUAUUUCCACCACAGAACUUGUUGCCCUUUGCUUCGUACAACGGCGAGAUACGUUUUUCCGCCUCUACUCGUACUAUUGCCAAAACAUACCCCGGUCUGAACGUCUUCGGGAGACGCUCGUUGAUACGCAUCUGUUCCUGCAAGAAUGCCAAAAGAAGCUCGGUCAUAAACUGCCGUUGGCCGCUUAUCUGCUAAAGCCGGUACAAAGAAUUACAAAGUAUCAACUUUUGCUUAAAGAUUUGCUAAAGUUCAGCGAUACUGGUACAUGCUCGCGAGAGUUGCAGAAAGCAUUGGAUUGUAUGUUGGUUGUAUUAAAGUGUGUCAAUGAUUCAAUGCACCAAAUUGCAAUAACGGGAUUCCCGGCUGACCUAUCCCAGCAAGGCGAACUACUGAUGCAAGAUUCGUUCCAAGUUUGGACGGAAAGUAAAAAGGACUUGCGGCUACGGCUGAAAACACAAAAUAGGCACAUUUUCUUGUAUCAAAAAGCAAUGCUAUUUUGUAAACAAGGGUCGAAAACGGGGCACAACAAGAGUACUUAUCAAUUUAAACACUGGCUACAGAUGUCACAAAUCGGUUUAACGGAAUCCGUUCGCGGCGACUCUAGACGAUUCGAGGUCUGGCUGCAAGGACGCCAAGAAGUGCAUACUAUACAAGCUACCACUAUCGAAAUAAAAAACAAAUGGGUCGCUGAAAUCAAGCGUGUUUUGCUGAACCAACUGGAAGAGCUAAAGGGUGAAAAAAUCAAGCAAUACGGCUUGAACCACAAACCUUUGCGGCACAUGACUUCAUGGGACGUUCCACAAGCUGUGCAAGGAACACCGAACCGAAUAUUAAGCAGCGACCAACAGCCGACGUUGCAGGCUAACGGUAUAGGCAUAGGUGGAAUGGUCGGCCUGGCACAGGACGUGGUCACACGGAUAGCUCAUAUGAACGAUGAUAGUCUUCUAAACGCUACCGGAAUCUCAUGCUCCUCGUCCGAACACGAUAACCAGGAAAGCAAUGCAUGGAGCUCCGACUACUCGAAUAGCGAAGAUGAGUUCACUACUGUAGAGGAUAGUGUCGUGCCGGGGCACAAGUUUGUGUCAUUGGCUGAUUACUGUGCAAUGGGAAAUUCAGAAGUUUCUAUGAAAGAGGCUGAAGUAGUGGAGCUGCUGAAAGUCGGCUGUGCAGGAUGGUGGUUUGUGAAAGUGAUCGCUACCGGCCUUGAAGGAUGGGCUCCAGCAGCAUACUUAGAGCCAGUGGCACGCAAAAAUUCUCGCCUUAGAAGCGCGCGCAGCCAAGACCGACUGAACGACCACUAAAAAACCAAAAAUAAGUUUAAUAACUAAUAGGAGCUAUUAACCUAUCGAUCGUACUACCAUCUAAAAGGAUGGAUGAAUUGAGCCAAAGUUUAUGAAAAGGAACGUUCUGGAGUCUAUGAAAAACGUAAUAAUCUCACUUAUUUAGAUAGUCAAUAUCUAUGAUCAUGUUGUCACUUUACGGACCCGACAACAGACAUGACAAAGUCUGAAUUAUGUACCUCGAAUUGCUACGUCAAUUCUUUACUAUGUUAGCAAAAUCUAAUCCUCGAAAUGUUUUCGAUUAAUGCUUUACUAUUUCGUCUUAGCGAAUGACACGCUGUUUAACAUUCAAGAUGGUAAUACGACAUUGCCAGUAACCGUAUAAAGUAAUCCGAACGUUAUCCAAUAUCGCUCGAUAGUCAGUUCGAUUCCUUUGUAUCUUGCGUAUUUACGAAAAGCAAUCAACGUAAAACACAUCGGAU